AUAGUUUCCGCCACAGUCUCCGCCUCCCUAGUGAAGGGUUGAUGUAUAUAAUGGCGCCUUCCAAACUAAGGUACAAGUGCCAGUGGUGAUUAUCAGUGAGCAUCCAUGACAUCGUGUGUCGAAAGCUGGAUGUUUCAUGAUUAAAAGAAUACAUGAUAUCUUUGAAGGAAUCUUAUGGUAAUCUUCGUGAAUAUGACCUCAGUUACGGAAGAUGCACCAGUGAAAUGGUGUUUUUCGCAAGUGAAAGGCACUGUCGAGGAAGAUAUUACCGAAGCUGACCUAAUAUCAACUGUUGAGUUUAACCACAAUGGUGAAUUAUUGGCAACUGGUGAUAAAGGAGGAAGGAUUGUUAUUUUUCAGAAGGAUGGUGCUCCAAAGACAUCUCCUCAUUAUGGUGAAUACAAUGUUUACAGCACCUUCCAAAGUCAUGAGCCAGACUUUGAUUAUCUCAAAAGUUUAGACAUUGAUGAAAAAAUCAAUCAAAUAAAAUGGUUGAAGAAGUGUAAUGCUGCACAUUUCUUACUUUCAACCAAUGAUAAAACUAUCAAGUUAUGGAAAAUUUCGGAGAGAAAUGUUCGUAUAGAUGGUCCUUUGAACACAAAGACACAGGAUGGUACCAUGGAUCUCAAUCCACAAGAUAUUAGCGUUUUAAAGAUUCCUAAAUUGCAGCCAACGUCCUUAAUGAUAGAAGCAAGUCCCAGAAAGAUAUUUUCAAACGCGCACACUUACCAUAUUAAUUCAAUUGCCAUCAACAGUGAUGAGGAAACCUACCUAUCAGCAGAUGAUUUGAGAAUCAAUUUAUGGCAUCUCCAGAGAACAGAUCAAAGUUUUAACAUUGUCGAUAUCAAGCCAGCAAAUAUGGAAGAUUUGACGGAGGUAAUCACGGCAGCAGAGUUCCAUCCCAUUCACUGCAAUGUAUUUGUUUACAGCAGCAGUAAAGGAACAGUGCGAUUGUGUGACAUGAGAGAAAGUGCACUGUGUGACAGUCAUGCAAAAUUAUUUGAAGAGCAGGAAGAUCCACUGACUCGCUCUUUUUUCUCGGAAAUAAUUUCAUCGAUAGCAGAUGUAAAAUUCAGUAACAGUGGCCGCUAUAUGCUGACCAGGGAUUACCUUACAGUCAAGGUUUGGGACCUGAAUAUGGAGAAACAGCCAGUUGAAACAUACCAGGUUCAUGAGUACUUAAGAAGCAAACUUUGUGCGUUGUAUGAGAAUGACUGUAUAUUUGAUAAAUUUGAAUGUGCUUGGAGCUGCGACGAUAGCGAAAUACUGACGGGUUCUUAUAACAAUUUCUUUCGAAUAUUUGGAAGAGAGCAGAAAUCUGGACUGUGUUUAGAAGCAACAAGGGAAAAUAUGCGGCCAAGACAGUCAUUAAAGUCGAAGAAAAUCACCACAAGUGGAAAACGUAAAAAAGAUGAAAUCAGCGUUGAAUGCCUAGACUUUAGCAAGAAAAUUUUGCACAUCGCCUGGCAUCCAAAAGACAACAUCGUUGCAUUAGCUGCUACUAAUAAUCUUUACCUGUUCCAAGAAAAAUUAUAGGAGACUGUCAUUUUUGUGGCGGUGGGUAUUAGUCAACAAUGUUUACAGUUGCAACACACAAGUUGAUGUUUCUCUCAACUUGUAACGAACCGAAGCCAACCCGAAAUGGUCAACAGCGUUAACAUGUGCUUGCAUGUUUGUUAUUAGCACAUGCAGCACCGCCGUUCGACAGUUCGUCUCUCUUAACUUCUUGGAUGUUUUCCAUUUUUAUUUAUGUAUGUUGAGGCACUUGGAAACUUUGAAAAUUUGAUCACACUUCCCAAAAUACGAAAUUGCUAUUGUAUUGUAAGAAUAAUGUUGAUAACAUGUUUCAUAGGUUUACUUGAGAAAAAACUUCACCUCGAUUUUUGGGCAGAUGAUUUGAUGUAACCAUCGUAGCAAGUUUCAAGGGACGUUAUGCCAUGCACUAUGUUGCCCUUUUUAGCGAACUUAUUGAAGAUAAUUCAACCCUAAUCAUGAUAAGCGUAUCUGAACAAAAUGCUAUCUACGUUUACUCGUUGUAACUAAAUUAGCUAUUUCAUAGAAUAGCUGACAUGCUGUAAGCCAAUUGACAGAAUAUAAUACCAUUACAGGGAUGUCCUUUGUUGGACUUGAUAGGAACAAUGUUGUAUCUUUUUUUAAAGAUUUGACUUGUACCAGAUUGAUAACCUUAAUGCCAAAUUCUUCACGUUACCUACCACAUCUCUUCGAGACCUUCAGUUAGCAGCGAGACGAUCUUUAAGCCAGCCGUAUACCUUCUAGUAACUUGUUUCAAAAUUGUCAUAUAUAAAAGGGUGUAAUCACUUUCGUGAGUAUUAUUAAAACACCAAGGAACAUAACAACA